AUGGGCGACCCUCCACCACAGUCGUCUCCUGUAGCUGAAGGCCCUCCUGGCCCUUUCUCCCGCCUGUCUGAGAACGCACCGACACCGCUUAUCCAUCCCGAACCCGAACCCGAGCCUUCUCAGACGCUCGAUAUCGACCCUGCGAAUGUUGGUAGUGCUGGAGCCCCCGGAACGCCAGAUACUGGAGAGGAAGACAGCAAGCCUAUAGAGGCUGAGAAUGCUCCUCAAAUACCCCCAGCAUCAGGGGCCAUCGACAAUGAUGUCGAAAUGCACGACGCCUCUGAAGAGCCGUCCAGCAGCGGACACGCCGACUUUACACCAGGGCCAUCUACAGCUGCUAGCUCUCCCUCAAAGAUGGAAGCGGUGGACCUUGCGAUGAGUCAGUCGAAUGGUAGUUCUCAUUCGGGUGCAAACAAGAAGAGCCUUACGAAUGGCCUGAAGAGUGCGACGAGUAGCGCACCUUCUUCGAAAAAGGGCAAGGGGAAGACCAAGGUGGACGAAUUGAAGGGAACACGAGAUGGAAUACCAGAUUCUCGUUCCGCUACACCUCCCACCCCCACAACCCCCACCCAAUACACCUCCCCCUCCGGCGCCCCCGUCGACGGAAGGGCAGUAUACUGCAUCUGCCGAAGACCAUACGACGAAGAAGAGGACGAAGGUCUCAUGGUUGGGUGCGAGAGUUGUGAUGGGUGGUAUCAUGCGGAAUGUGUGGGUUUGGAUGAGGACAAGGUGGACCUUUUGGAUGUGUAUAUUUGCAAGAGCUGUGAAAGAAGUACUGCUCAACGGACGAUGUACAAGCAGGCCUGUAAGCGCGAUGGGUGCUACAAGUCGGUCGCUGGAUCGAAUUCCAAAUUCUGCUCAGCUCGUUGCGCAUAUCGGUACUCUCAAGCCGCUCUCGGCGCUGUCACCAGCAAACAGUCCCUCAAGCAACUCACCAAAGGCCUCGCCAACUUUCCAUCUCCAAACCUCGGCGUAUCCAUCAUCCACCACAUCCCCCCUACGACACCUGAUGUCUCUCAAUCCCCAUACGACGAUGUACAAUUCCAACUCUCGAUGAUCCAAAGCCAACUCGAAUCCACGUUGAAGGCUAUCAACAUUAUCCAGAAACGUCAAGCCGUGUUGAGCGCUGCGAUCGAAAAGUGCGACAACCUCACUCCUAUCGUUUUUGAUGAUGGAGCACCACCAAAGAAGAGCAAGAAGAAGGGGGGCGGGCCAGCACCGCCGAAAGAGGACAAGCCAUGUGGCUGGGUAGUCGUCUUGAUAGCAGAAGACGAAGAGGUCGACCAGGGUGUCAAGGGGCAUGGGGCAGGGAUAGUUGUAGAGGGGGCAGAAGAGUGGCAAGUGUGUAUGCUACCUCGGAGAAAGUGUGAUCGGCAUCAAGGGUGGCAGAAGACUAUUGCUAGCCGAACACAGAACUCGCUGCUAGAAUGCCAACGGUCGAUUGAAGAAGCCCUCGAGACGCAGAGGAUUUCGACUGAAGCGCGCGACUCUUUCGUGGCGAAACGAGAUAGCGUCAAGCGACCGUGA